GCUGGCACAGCCGCACAGGGAGCGGUGGGGUCACCGUGCAUGGUGGUGUUCAGUGAGAUGAGGCACUGAGGGAUGUGGGCACGGUGGGUUGGGUUGGACUGGAUGAUCACAGAGCUCUUUUCCAGCCUUAAUGCUUCUACGAUUUUGCUUAGAGAAAGAUAGAAGCUGUUACCUCCCUAUUUUGUGAAAUAAUUCAUUAGAGAUCUGAAAACCACGUCUCGUUGCAGCUGGAGCAGCUUGGCAGUCGAUAACUAAGCAGCUGAUAGGAGCAAGCAGGGCUUGAGAGCUCCAUGUAAGGCGUCUGUGUUCCUGGUGGAGCUGGAGGCAUUUAAGAACACGUUAGUGGUGGUCUGCAUGCACACAAAGAGGAUGACAAAAAUAAUGAAACACUGAAACUUGCAAUCAGCAGUUCUGUAUGUUGCAGCCUAAAAUACACACGAGAUACCGACCUGUUGGGAUGCUGAGCUCCAGCUGCUUGAUUCUUUGAUACACAGUGCUCCAUUUGGCCACCGAAUGUGCUGCCCUUGUCACAAAUUCCUGCAGGACAGAUUCCACGUUAGGUUCUGGGCAAGAUGACCACGCUCACACGACAGGACCUUAAUUUUGGGCAAGUUGUUGCAGAUGUUCUUUCAGAAUUUCUAGAAGUGGCCGUUCAUCUCAUCUUGUACGUUAGAGAAGUUUAUCCUAUUGGGAUCUUUCAGAAGAGGAAAAAAUACAACGUGCCCGUCCAGAUGUCCUGCCACCCAGAGCUCAAUCAGUACAUCCAGGACACGUUGCACUGUGUAAAGCCACUGCUUGAGAAGAAUGACGUGGAGAAAGUUGUAGUUGUAAUCCUGGAUAAAGAGCACCACCCAGUGGAGAGAUUUGUCUUCGAAAUCACCCAGCCGCCCCUGCUUUCCAUUAGUUCAGAGUCCUUGCUGUCCCACGUGGAGCAGUUACUGCGUGCCUUCAUCCUGAAGAUAAGCGUGUGUGAUGCUGUGCUGGACAACAAUCCCCCAGGCUGCACCUUCACAGUUCUGGUUCACACACGAGAGGCUGCUACACGCAACAUGGAGAAGAUCCAGGUGAUAAAGGAUUUCCCAUGGAUUCUUGCUGAUGAACAGGAUGUGCACAUGCACGACCCCCGGCUUAUCCCACUGAAAACUAUGACUUCUGACAUCUUAAAGAUGCAGCUUUAUGUAGAAGAACGAGCCCACAAAGGCACCUGAUUUCAACUCUUCCUUUUCUUCAAGCCUCAUCAGAUCUUCCAGCGGAGUAAGAUCUCUCACCAACCAUACCUUGAUAGCCCAGCCUCCUCAGCUGGCCUUCUGGAUGAAUGUAGAGCAGCUGCUGCCUCUUUAUUUCAAGUGCUCUUACCAGUGUAUAUAGAACUGACUUGGAAUGUGGAGCCAGAGCCUGUUCCCAUGUACACUCAUGUGUGAGAGUGAAUAGAGGUUUCAUUACAGUAAUCCCUGGGGUAGGAUACAGCUGACUGCGGUCGGCUCUGUACAAAUCCAGUUCUUGCCUUAAACAGGACAUCUCCAUUGCACACUGGUAGUGCUAACCAGGGAUCUGCUGUGUGCUCCACUAGAGCAAUGGUCUGAUACCAUGCGCGAGUGAGGCCUUAUGUAGCAUCUGUCCACUGUGACUGUCCCAAGUAGUCUUCAAUAAAUAUCAAGUUUUACUCCA